AAAAUCAACGUGAAAUGUCGCGUCGAGAAAUAGAAAUGACUGCUCAAUUCGCCAUUCAAAAAUUUGCUAAAGAUAUUUUAUCAGCAGUGGACAAUUUGGAACUUGCUUUAGAGUCUGUUCCACCAGAGCUACGAACUGAACCUACCACUCCUAUAGAUUCUGCUUCAGUUAUUAGCAAAUUGGUUACUUUAUAUAAAGGUGUUUAUUUGACAGAAUCUGAAUUGUUAAAUACACUUAAACGCCACGGCAUAGAAAAGAUCGAACCAAAAUUAGGUGAAAAAUUUGAUCCAAAAAUCCAUGAAGCUUUGUAUCAAGCAAAUGUAAGCGGUCAAGACGUCGGGACUAUUUUUGAUAUACGAAAAAUAGGAUACAGUUUAAAUGGCAGAGUUCUUAGACCUCCUCAA